AGCUCACCAUGACGCGCGAACUCACCGCGCUCGCUGCGGUCGCAUUUGUGUUGCUUGCGAACGGGCUCGUUAAAACAGGUGCCCUGCAAUGUCCGGGCGUCACCAUCGUCUCCCGCAAUGGUUGGGGCGCGAGGCCUCCGCGAGUCGAGGUGGCCAUGAAGAACCCUCGAGCCGAGCACGUCUUCAUCCACCACACCGCGGGACCCCAGUGCAAGCACAGGACCAGUUGCAGCCGACUCGUGCGAAGCUACCAGAAACACCACAUGGACACCAACCACUGGCCAGAUAUCAGCUACAACUUUCUAGUGGGCGGUGACGGCCUCAUUUACGAGGGCCGUGGUUUCGGACGCGAAGGCGCCCACACACAUGGCUACAACCGCGUGGGCAUCGCCAUCUCCUUCGUGGGAGACUUCAACCGAGCCAAGCCAAGCCAAAAGAUGCUGCUUGCGGCCGAGAGGCUGAUCUCCUGCGGCGUCAAAGAGGGAAUGAUCCGGGAAGGGUACUCACUGCACGGUCACCGAGACGCCAACUGCACCAGUUGUCCGGGCAACGUCCUCUACGCCAUUAUUAAGAAGUGGGCCAACUUCAAGGGCAGGCUUGGGAGGUUCCUCUGCUUGGCGGCCAGUGACCCGCCAAAAUGA